AUGGUUCUUCCCUUGGGCCUACUCACGGCCGCACAAGGCCACCCUAUGUUGGUUGAGCUGAAAGAUGGCGAGACUUUGAAUGGUCACUUAGUUUCAUGCGAUACCUGGAUGAACUUAACAUUGAAGGAGGUUGUACAAACGAGUCCGGAUGGCGACAAAUUUACAAGGUUACCGGAAAUUUAUGUUAAAGGAAACAACAUCAAAUAUCUACGAAUGCCAGAUGAAAUCAUCGAUUUAGUAAAGGAUCAACAACAAGGUCAGCAAGGAGGAUACAGAGGUCGCGGAGGUAACAGGGGUGACAGAGGUGGUGAUAGAGGUCGUGGUGGUAGGGGAGGCAGAGGAAGAGGAAGAGGUGGGAGAGGGGCUUGA